UAAAAAAACCCCAGGUGGUUAAGAAGCACAACCACAUAACCCUGAUUCCUAUUAUCAACAGUCAUCUCCCUCCUCCUCCUCCCUCGUCUUCUUCCGAGCUUCACUGCUCCAAUUACUUUACUUUCCCACAUAAUCAAAACACUCGCUCCGCGAACCACUGUGCUAUAGAUUCCUAUCCUGGACAAAAGCCUAACCCUAAUGACCCCUUAAACCCGCGCAUAGAUUUUGCUUUUGAGGACCCUGGAUGUUCGGGCCAUGGACUUAACCUCCACCGCUCUCAACCACAUCGCCGCCUCCAAUUCUACCGGUGCCAAAUCCCCAGAACAUGACGGUGAAAUUCCGACCCGGAUCCAGCCCGCACCGGUAAAGUCCUUGUCAUUCUCCAACGGCGUCCUGAAGCGCCACCAGCCCCACCACAAACAUCCCGUGCCGGUCACCUAUAAAGAAUGCUUGAAAAACCAUGCAGCCAGCUUGGGAGGCCACGCGCUCGACGGUUGCGGCGAGUUCAUGCCUUCUCCCAGUGCCAAUUCUGCCGACCCCAGCUCCAUCAAAUGCGCCGCCUGCGGCUGCCACCGCAAUUUUCAUCGCCGUGAGCCCGAGGAGCCCGUUUCCACCGCAACCCACGUCAUCGAGUAUCAGCCCCACCAUCGGCACCACCCUCCGCCACCCCCGCCGUUCCAAGCCCCGAAUCGGAGCCCCAAUUCAGCUUCCCCACCCCCGAUCUCAUCUUCCUACUACCCCUCCGCACCCCACGUGCUCCUGGCCCUCUCUGCUGGUUUACCGAUCCAUCCGGAGAGUACGGCUGGUCCGGCCAGUGCUUUGGGCACGCCGACUUUGAAUUCUAGGAAGCGGUUCAGGACCAAGUUCACCCAAGAGCAGAAGGACAAAAUGUACCAGUUCGCUGAGAGGGUGGGGUGGAAGAUGCAGAAGAGAGACGAGGACUUGGUGCAGGAGUUCUGCCACGAGGUCGGGGUUGAUAGAGGUGUUUUGAAGGUUUGGAUGCACAAUAAUAAGAACACUCUGGGGAAGAAAGACGCGAUGAAUGGGAAUAUAAACGUUCUCGAGUUAGACCAAGACAACAAUCACGAGAAUGGAAUCACCCGUAACAACAACAACGGCAGCACCCAGGAUCCGAAUCAUCACUGCCAGAACGAUAGCGGGGCAAACGCCGGUACUAACGGGUCGUCUUCAUCUUCUUAAUCUUCGGUGGAGAUUAAGGAGGAAAAUAAUAUAUUAGAUAGAGCAAGCUGGUAUCAGUUAAUUAGUCGUUUCUUUCUCUUUCUCUUUCAUUUUUCCCCCCCUCCUUUUUGUUUAGCUUUUAUUAAUGAGAUUAUGAAUUACCAAGUUAAGGAUAUUUAACGUGAGUGACAUCUAUAUCCAGAAGGAAUUUAUUUUCAGGGUUUCUGCUA